GUGCGUCUCGUACAGCAACCAUGCAGCGAUAACACCAACUGGACAUGUGCUUGUGCAGUUGUAGUUAGGUCAGGAGAUGAUAUUAUAGCUGUUGACAACUGUGCUGACAGCAACGUCACCAACGUGCAUCUUUACCUGAACAGACAACUGACGCCAGGUACACAAGUUUCCAGGUUUGGGGAUGGAAAUGCAGGAAGCAAAUACAGGGUGGCAUUGCCAAGUGGCACCUACAUUGACGUCCGAGUCAGCCACAGGAGAAACCAUCUCAGCACUAUCAUCUAUGCUUCUACGGCAGACGACUUCGAAGCAUCACAAGGUCUGUGUAGCAGCCACAGUAACAACACAGACAACAAUAUCCCAGACUUGAGUGAAGCCAGGAAUACAACAAUUGACACCCAGUCACAAACGGAAGAAACUGUGAAUGUCUCACAGACAAGUUUGAACUCGUUCAUUGCACUGUGGAGACGAAGCUCUUCUUACUUGAAUGGCAUAUGCCCAUCUGAUAAAGAACUGCCGUUUAUGCCUGCAAACUUCUGCCAGUGUGACAUGACAACAGCACCCAAAUGUGGCAGGUUUCAAGAUGUAGAACUCUGUGGCCUGGCUGCAGGCGAUAUCAGCACAGUCUAUUCUGGCAUUGACAUCACGGACAAGUUGAUUCUCUCAGCCAGCACCCCAGUGGGAUGUUGUCAGCCCUCACCAGAGCUCAGCCAUUCCCUUGACGUCAGCUUUGUACCACAGACUUUGUCUUGGCCAACAGGAAAUAGAAACUUGACAGAGGAAGAGGUUAGAAAUUCCUGCAGACAAAUCCUGAACGAGAGCUCGGUGAUGGCAGCCUGCUCAAAUGUUAGCAACAAGCUGAAUAUUCAAGAUAUUAUCUAUUCUUGUGUGAGAGACAUCCAGUUGACUGAAGACACUGAAAGCAUGCAGGAUUACAUCGAUGACCUCCUGUGGCGGUGUGUCCAUGUGGUGUCCUCUGAGACUCACAGAUGGAGGCUGGCCACUGCCGGUCACCUAGAGGCUGAAGAUCCAGGUCUGUGCUUCAAUGCUUGCUCUCAACAUGGCACAUGUGUCAAAGGUCUGUGUGAAUGUACUAGUGGAUUUGGAUCAGCAGAUUGCUCCUUAGACUUGUCAAUAGCCCCAGAAAUCAUGAGUAUUGUUGGAGGUUGGAGCUGUGACCUUGCCUCUGGAGACGACUGUGGCAGUGUCCAGCUACUAGGCUCUGGAUUUUUGGACACAACCAAUUUGACCUGUCACCUCACAAACAAUAACACAGAAAGGAAACACAAUGCUGUGUUCAUCAACUCGAAUCAUAUUGUGUGCAAUGUGACCUUGACAAGCUCAGCUGAGAUCCAGUUCAGCAAUGAUGGCGUCACUGUGGGCAACAAGCUACCCAGAAUCCUCUAUGAUGGGUCAUGUCAAACAUGUGCCGGAGGAGUGUGCCAGAAGAAAAACAACAUUUGUGUUAUCAACAACAAGUGCUACAGUUGUGGCUCUGUGUUUGAGGAUGAUCCUAGGAGCUUUUGUCAGCCAGACAACUCCACAGACUUAUGGAGUCUGAUUCCUGAAGAAAAGGUGUUCACAAAACGUUUGAAGCUCCAGUCUUUGAACCAGUCUGAACUCAUCACCAACUUUGGUUCAGCUGCAGUCGAAAGCAAUGUUCAGCUAGUCACAGGAUAUGGGGGAGAUAAGUCUCUUCUGCUUGCCACAGCAAACCAGUCAGUGACAUUUUCCAAGAUGACCUUGAGUCUGCUGGACACUGACUCCUGCUCACUGGGCUUCACCUUGAGGUUCAACAUCAAGUUCAGCCACCUGUGUGAUGGAGCUUCUGUCUUUAGCACUUGGGGAUAUGAUAACAGUGGUUCGGGUCCUGCUUUAAGUGUCUGUGAUGGGUCAGCUUUUGUCCAUGUUCGGACACAAGACAAGCAAUGGACACUCAAAGUUGGCCAGGUUGAGAUUAACAGACUUGUACAAGUGGAUGUCAGCUGGUCAGCUUCAUUGGGCCUCACCGUCUCUUGGGCCAACUACACUUACACAACAAGGCUGUACUCUGUGCUCCAGAAACCCGCCCGCCCAAUGCAAGACUUUAUCAUCGGCUCCACGGUGUCCACCUCCUGCUAUGCUGGCUUUGUGUUAGGAGGGCUGGAAAUAUUUUCUGCUCCAAAGCCUGUUCUGGCUGUGCUAGAAGUUAUAACAGACUUGCCAACUCUACCAUCUGAGCCAGUCAUCAGUGUGGAAUACAAACAGGACAGAAACACAACAAUGUUCAUCUGUUUGUUCAAAAGUCUCAGUCGUGGAGAUGUUCAGUAUGAAGUUGUGUGGAAAGUUGAUGAACAACUUGUACGACAGACUGUGCUAGCAAGUUUGGAAUUCCAAGACAUCAUGAAUGAAACAGAAUAUGGACAAGGAAUGUUUGGUUCACAGAUAUCUUGUGCUGUGACGGCAUGCUAUGUCUACAAUUGUCCUGAAUUACGUGGGUCUACGUUUACAGCCACAUUUGAUGUCACAGUUAAGGUGAUAGAGACUGAGCUGACAGUCACCGAAGGCUUGGGUACCUCAUUCAUCCAUGUGACGUCAUCAGUACCGGCUUACCUCUUGUGCUCCCAGAGGCAGAUGCUGGAUUACAGCUCAAUUCUAGAAGCUUCAGUGACUGUAGGACAGUUUAGUGGAAAGCAGCUGUGUCCUAAUGGGAGAUCACUCCGACAGCUAGUUAUCGGAGGGGACAAUGGGAGGCAGGAUAGAGGCCAGGAAGGUUAUCGUUGUGGUCAACUGUUGAAUUCUGCAAUGUGGAGCCAAGGCCUAAGUGUUCCUGUACAAGCCACUGUUGAUUCAGUACAAGAUGGAAAUGUGACAGGAGACAUCAGUGUUACUGUUUCAGUUAACUGCGCCGGAGUUACCAAAGAGUUAUUUUCCCAAACUGUCAAGGUGACUGUCAUCGACAAGGAUAAAAGAUCAAUGUGCCAGUCUGUCAACGACCCACAUUUCCGGACAUUUGAUGGAAUAUUAUUUAAUAACUUCAAAGAGGGAUUGUUCACCUUGUAUGAACAUACAACUUUGCCAUACACUGUCCAGGCAUUUUAUCGAAAGUGCAAUCGCAACAUAGCGUCUUGCAACUGUGCUAUUGCCGUCAAGGUCGAAGAUGAUGUUGUUCUGAUAGACAGGUGUGGCCCACAUGUGACAACCAAGCCCCGCUCCCUAACUGUGCAGAUGAUUAGAAAUGGUGGAAUUAACCCUGGCUUGAGGAUUCAGCAACGGGAUGAUGGUAACCAGUAUCAGAUCAUCCUCCCGACUGGCACAAUAAUCAUUGUGGAGAAUGGGAGGAGCUUUUCCAGGGACGAGCCCAGAUUUUUGAAUGUUUGGAUUUCAGCCUCAUCUGUGGACUUUGGUCACACUCGAGGCUUGUGUGGUUCUUUUGAUGGAGAUGCAUCUAAUGAUCUUGUUGUCAAUGGAACCAACUUGAAAAUAUCUGGUAGACAGCAAAAGAAGUUUGCAGAAUAUUGGAGGGUGGCCGCUAAUGAAUCUCUUUAUGGUGGCUACUGCCCUCACGAUGAUGAUGAUGAUGAAGAUGCCCAAGCAACAGCGGCUGUGUUUUGUGAUUGUCCCAGGGGAGCUAACCUAUCAUGUGGAAGUGAUCACUACAUCAUUGACUGCAGGAGGAAUACCAGUGAACAGAUUAAAGAUGUGACUUUGGAACUCUUCAGUCAGUCUCAUCAGCCAAAACAAUGCUUCGACGAUCUUACAGAGGUCGAUGUCUUUGAGUUUGACAUGAACUACACCUACGACAGUGAUGACACCAAGUGGCCGACUCCAUCAGGUCUGGACAAGGACAAGGUUUACAGUCUGUGCUCCGGGGCUGUCAUCAACUCCAGUCUGGCUGCAGCCGGCUGUAACCAGACACUACAGAUUAACAUUGAUGCAGCAAUUGAAUUUUGUGUCACAGAUAUUAUGAUGACGGAUGAUAUCCACUGGAUCGACAACAUGGUCAGCAACAUUCGAGUUCAGUGUCUGACUCAGCUUUCAUUUGAUCUCACAGAAGUCAACGUUAACAUCUGUCCAUCAGACUGCAGUAACAGAGGAGUAUGUUCAGGGUUUUCAUGUAGCUGUAGAGAUCCUUACCUUGGGUUUGACUGCUCUAUCGACUGGACAAAGCCACCAGCCUUAACUGGCAUUUUGGGGGGAAACAUCUGUGACAUUCAGUUGGAUGAUGGAGGCUGCAAGAAGAUAACAUUGACUGGCUAUCCAUUUGCUAAAGGACAUUUGAAGUGUCACCUUCAGAAACUUGAAGUUUCAAGAACAUCAAUAAAAAUAAACACAGCCAUACAGCAAGUAACUGUUGAUGCUGUAGUCAUUGACCUUGAGACCGCCACAUGUAUGGUCCCAUCAGCUGACAGCUGGGCUGUGUCAGUUAGCAACAAUGUCUCAUUUGUCAGCCAGGUGCAGUUCUAUAUCAUCUUCGACUCCAACAGAGAAACAUGCACUCUCACUGGAUGUGUACCCAGGGAUGAUGUCUGUGUCAUCAAUGGCCUUUACUAUGAAAAUGGAGCCUCAGCCAAUGGAAGCCUUGUCUGCAACACGGCCACAAACAAGACUUCAUGGACCACAAUCUCUAUCAAAGACAUCAUCAAACUGAUAUUCCGGUAUGUUUUCCUGCGCAUUGAAGGUUCAAUGCUUGUCACUCCAGCAUUCAAUUUCUAUGUUGUUGGCACUCCCAAACUGAUCCCAGGACCAGUGGCAGGAAAUGCUGUGCGUCUGAAUGGAGUUGACCAGUACUUGAGUCUCAUUAAUUUGACAGGAUCCUGCCUGGGUGAUAUUUCUUUGUGCACUUAUGGCUUAACUCUGAAGUUUUCCCUGGCAAUCUACAACUUCAGAAAUAGAAUGUACAUUCUUUCAUGUGGGGCAGAUACCAGUUUGACAAGUGGAGUAUCCAUUUGGUGGCAGGGCAAUAAAUUAAAUGCCCGUGUGCGAACCCUAAACAAGGAGUGGACAGUUUCAGCACCCUACAGACAGUCCAGAAACAUAAACACAUUUGUGAAUGUGGAGCUCUCCUGGAGUAUUGACCAGGGACUGGCAUUGUUUUUAGAUGGCAACCAAGCAGACUAUGCCAGAAAGUUUACACAGAAAUCUAACAAGGUCAUGCCAGCUGGGAUUUGCUACUUUGGACGACCUUUCGGCUUUGAAAGUUACUCAAGUAUUGCUAUGUCAGACCUCACCAUUGUGUACGCAUACAACACAAUUGUCAAGAAGUUCAACAUUUCUGUUG